AUGGAAGGCCGUGCAGUAUCUCACUUUGACGCCAGGCUCCAGCAGCGACUACAGGAUGUGAUGCGCAGUAUGGAGUAUCCUAUCCCAGAGGAAAGAGAGACAGAGUGGAGGGUGGCGCUUCGUACCGAUCUCUGGAAGGAGGACAUCGACGAAAUUCGACCCUUCCGGUGCGAGGAAAUCCUGACCACUAACCAGCGCCAAGCAGAACAACUAGAGCUGCGGAUGCCGUUAUUGGGAAACCAGCCCUCAGAGGAAUGGGUAAGCGAACUGGAGACGCUAGUUGAGACUGAGGUGUGGCUGGAUGAUUCCUAUCGGGCCCUGCGGUGGCAUGUUUACCACCUCUACCCAUGGCUGAUUGAGUACAAGUGUAUUGAGGGGGAAGACUACGAUGGUCCUGGUUUGUUGUUGGAUACUAUUGAAACUUGUCUCUGGUUCGGAGACACCGACAUUGCUCACUUCUGGUCCAUUCGAGCUGAGCGGGCAGACAACUGGGACCUUACAGAGAUCGAUGCCAUUCAGCCAGAUCUAUCUUUUCUUGCCAACCGAGAGUGGGAACUAGAACAGGAUUAUGUUUGCCUAUUCCAACGUAUAACGCCGCAUGUCUCUGACAUGAUGGGGCUUAUGGACUGUAUACCACCGGAAGCAUUGAGUUUAGUUCCUCCUCCCCAGCAACCAAGCCUGUUAUCAGGAAACCUUGGUACUGUACCACAUAUGUCCCAACCAGCCCCAGAGAUGGAAGACCUCAUAGACUGGUCCUGGGAAGACCCACAGAUGGCAGGUGGAGAUGGGAUGGCGGUCUCUCUACUGGCCCUACAGGGAUGCUGGGCGGUCGGCCCAGAUCUCCAGCGGCAGUGUGUACCCCAGGGAGCAGAAGGUGCAGUCCUUCCUCCCCAGCGGCAGUGUGUCCUGCAGGAAGCGGAGACAGUCGGUCUCGCUCCCCAGCAGCAGGGCAAUAUAUUAAAAGGGGAGACAGUUGGUCCCCCUCUCCAACAGCAGAGAGAGUGUCAGGGAGAGGAGCUUGUUAUCCCCUCUCCCCAGCGGCUGAAAGUAUGUAUGGGAGAGGAGCUUGUUACCCCCCCUCCCCAGCGGCAGCGUGUACCCCAGGGAGAUGAAGGUGCCGUCCUUCCUCCCCAGCGGCAGUGUGUACCCCAGGAAGCAGAGACCAUCUGUCUCGCACCCCAGCCGCAGGACAAAAUAUUGAAAGGGGAGACAGUUGGUCCCCCUCUCCACCAGCAAAGAGAGUGUCAGGGAGAGGAGCAGGUUACCCCCUCUCCCCAGCGGAAGUCUACAGUUCAGAGUGAGGAGCUUGUUACACCCUCUCUCCAGCGGCAGCCUAACCCACCAAGGGGAGAUGUUAAGCCCCACAACUAUGCAGAUGGGACCGUAGUCUCUGCACUUGCAGCACCAGGGGCAGGGACGGUCGGUCCUGUCCCCCAGCCACAGAGCAGUGUAUCCAGAGGGGAGACAGUCGGUCUCCCCCUCCCCCAACCAGGCUCCAACCAGGCUACUUCAGUGGUAGCGCUGGCACCCGGGCAGAGUACCGCUGGUCUCUGCCCACUCAGCAACCCACCAAGGCAGUCUACCAGCCCCCGCACAGCCGUGGUGAGGCACCUGGACAUGGACAAGUUGCUAUUUUAUCCAGGUGUAGUAACCAGUUAUUGUGGGUGGGCUGUAUUGCUGUUUGUGCUUCGUGGGUGGGUUGCUGGACUAACCAGGGCACUGACCGGCAGGAGGUCAGAUACCCUGUUAGUUUGGAUGGUAAAGGGGAGAAAUGUGGCGAAACCGGCCUCGCCACGUGUCCUUGGAGGGGGCUGCUUGCCCGCCUCUUGCCUUUGGACUAUGGACCAGACUUUAUGUGAAUGUGUUAUACCCCAGAUAGGAAUCCCAUGGAGCCCAUUCGUAUGAAACUGACUGUAAAGACUUUGGCUCCAUGGCGAUUAAACUGUAUUUGUGUGGUCCGAGCGCCAUUCACUUAAUAAUGUGCGCUCAGACCUGAGCUAUCUGGGGAUAUGUGAAAUGUCUGUGUGUUAUGUGUAAAAUGUGACUUUAUGUAUUUUAAAGUGUUUUGUGUCUUUUUGCAACCAUGUGCUUAAUGGAGUCUUGUGUCUGUCCUGGGAGAUAAUUGAAUUACUUAUCUCCAGGAUAGAAGACUCUGAAACUGGUUUGGGCCAGAAAGCCAUGCUUCAUUUAGUCACAAAGGACUUUUUACUAACUUUUGAACCCCUUGUCUGAUUUGUGCCAUUUUUGAAUAUGUUGUUCCCCUGAAUGGAUUGAUUGUGAAUAUGUAAUUUUAUGUGAAUGUGAUGUAUGGUUUUAGAGUUAUGAAAGUUGGGUAGAAAGUAUGUUUUAACUGUAUGUGUAAUUGAGUUUCCUCUCAGGAUAAGGGGAGGGAAUAUGUGGGAUGUAACUGUGAUGUGAUUGGUUGUUUUGUAACGCCCUGUGGGCUGUACUAUGUUUGUGGAUUGGGAAUAAAAGAGACUGUAUGUGACAGUACAGGGAGUUCCUGCUUAACCCUCAAAGUGAAGUGUCGUCUCAUUAUUGGGGGAAGGAUUUAUUGUAUGCUGUUCCAGUUUGACUGCUAGGAGAGUAAACCUAUUCGUAUGGUUCCUAUUCAACUGUCUACAGCAUUCAUAUGCUUGGGAGAAUUUAUUUGUUUCUCCGGUUCGGUGAUUGUGGUGUCUGCCAGAGUGCUUGGAGUCCUCAGGAAGCGCUAGGAGCAUCCUUUAACGGAGGUACCCAGUCGGGGUGCCAGGCGAUCCGUUACAGUAGCCAACACUGUAUUUUAUGUUUUCGUAUUGUGGUAGCCCACAAAAUAUUGGGACAUUCACAUAAAGUAACAUUUGCGGCCUGCGGUGCAUUCCUUGCAGUCCUGAUGCAUGGAGAAAUGCUCAAUUCCUGAUGCAUGGAGAAAAGGCCUUCACAAGCCUCUGCUAAUGUGUACCUAGUUUAUACUAAGUGACGCAUAGGUUGAGGAGGCAGUGACCGUGGCGGUGGAGGAGGAGGAUGAGGUAGCCAACACUGUUAUAUAUAUAUAUAUAUAUAUAUAUUUUUUUUUUUUGUUUGUUUUUUUAAUUGGGGUAGCCCCCAAAAUAUUGGGACAUAUAAAAAAAGACAACUCUGUUCCGCAGAGUAGCUGUUGACAUUAUAGUUGCGCAGGAAUUUUGUUGACUCUAAAGAACCUCGGGCAAAUCGCACAUCCCCGUGGCGGUGACUUUGCAUGCGGAUGUCAUCCAUAUCAACUUUCGAUGCCAGUUUCUGCACCUACCAUGGUGACCACGGGUAACGGGGAAUCAGGGUUCCAUUCCAUACAGGGACCCUGAGAAACGGCUACCACAUGCAAGGAAGGCAGCAGGCGCGCAAAUGACCCACUCCCGACACGGGAAGAUAGUGACAACAAAUAACAAUACAGGACUCUUUAGAGGCCCUGUAAUUGUAAUGAGUGCACUUGAAGUCCUUUAACUCUGAUUAAUUGGAGGGAAGUUUGGUGAAGAGCCACUGACCCGUGCGUGCUGCAGCCAGGGCUGCCAUCAGAAAUUUUGGGGCCCAUGACACAGCUCAAGGUCUGGUCCCCCGGUGCCUGCACCCAAGUCCGCCCAAAGUGCUGCCCCCCCCGAGUCCGCCCACAGGGAUGCAGUGUCUGCAGGGCCGGUGCAAGGAUUUUUGCCGCCCUAGGCAAAAGUAAAGUUUGCCGCCCCCCCAUGUGACAUCACAAUGCCCCACCCAUAUGAUCUGCCAUGUUAACUAACGCCAGUGCUGCAGUGCCGCUGUGUUUACAUUAAAAGACCUGCAGGGACAGGCUAGACACCAGAACCACUACAUUAAGCUGCAGUGGUUCUGGGGACUAUAGUGUCCCUUUAAUGUGAGGUAAAUUAGAGGUUAGUGCCACGAAUAAUAUACUAGAUAGCCUACUUACAACCAGAUGAGGAUGAUGAUGGGCUCUAGCUGCCAUCUGGCUCCACUGGUCUGGUGUAGAACUGGCAGUUUGUAACUGUGGUCACAAAAAUCAAUGUUCUGGGAGAACGGGAAGCAGCUCCAUUUUUUUGAGGGCCCUUUACACAGCUCAACAUCUGGGUCCCAGGGUCCACCUUCAUGUUCCACCAAUGAGUUUGUUCACAGGGGGUGGAGUGUGUGUGUGGGGGAUGUCCUGAUGUGUGUAAGGAAUGCAUUGUGUGAAUCUGUGUUUGUAUGUGUAAGGGCUGCAAAGUGUGUUUGUGUAUGUAUGGGAUGCAGUGUGUGCGUCUGUAAGGGAUGCAUUGAGUGUGUGUAAGGGGUGCAUUGUGUUUUGCUGUGUGUAAGGGAUGCAUUACUUGUGUAUGUGUGUCUGUGUGUAAUGCAUUGUGUAUUUUUCUGUGUGCAAGGGGUGCAUUGUGUGUGUGUGUGAUGGAUGUCAAUCUCUCCCCCUCCCCCCGUCAAUUUCCUUCUUCACCCCCCUCUCCAAUUUCCUUCUUCUCUCCCCUCUCCAAUUUCCUUCUUCUACCCCUCCCUCUCCAAUUUCCUUCUUUUACCCCUCCCUCUCCAAUUUCCUUCUUCUCCCCCUCCUCUCAAUUUCCUUCGCUUCUCCCCUCUCCUCCAAUUUCCUUCUUCUCCCCCCUCACUCUCAAUUUCAGCUUUUCAAGCCCCUUCCUUCUUCUCCCUCCAACUUCUCCCUUCUUUCUCCCCCUUCCACUUCCUUCUUCUCCCUCUCCUCUCUAUUUCCUUCUCCCUCCACUUUUUCUUUUCUCCCCCUCUCAUUUCUUUCUCCCUCCAAUUUCUCUCUCUUUCUUCUCCCUUUCUCCAUUUCCUUCUCCCCCACUUUCUCUUCCCCCUCUCCAAUUUCCUUCUUCUCCCCCCCUCUCCAAUUUCCUUCCACACACUUUUUUUUUUUUAAAUAUCAUCCCCCCAGCCUCCCUACCUGUAGGAGUGCUGAGGGGAUUCCCUGGGGUCCAGUGGUGUCACCCAGCGGCCGGUCCUGCGGGCCGGCGCACGAGGGAGCACUCUCCCUGGCUGAGAGUGCUCCCUCACGCGCCCGCCCGCAUGACACCAGGGCCAGCCUCGGGGGGCCCUGAGGUGACCGGCUGCUGGGCCCUCCAGGAGAAGAGGCUGGCCACAGUGGGUACAUACCGGGUCGCAGGGCCCCCUGCGACCCCGGUAUGUACACCACUGAAUGUGGGGCCCAGGACGACCUGAGUAGUCCGGGCCCCCCAGGACCGCCGGGCCCAUGACAACCGUUAUGGUUGUCAUGCCCUGAUGGCGGCCCUGGCUGCAGCUGAAACUCCACUAACGCCUGCUGCUGCUCGCAAAGUCUCGUGAGGUGGUAAUUCUCGAGCUAAUACAUGCCGACGAGCACUAGGGGACAGCCGCUGCGCUUUUGCACCCUGCUCCCUUUUAUGCUGUGCUGGUGCCUCUGUGCGACCAGCGGCUCUUCCUCCAAACUGCACACGUUACUCGCAUGACCUUGAUUCCAUGUGGGAAUCCUCCACAUCAUCUUCCACCCACUCCUCAACCCUGCCCUCCUUGCCGGUAUGCACACUGCAAAAAAAUUAAUAAUAUUUAUUUAUUUACAUAUGCUCUAGUCAGAUAAGAAAACAUUUUUUUUAAAUGGUAUAAGAAUUUUUCUCUUCUAAACUAUAUAUGUACCUGUAAACAUGCACCAGUGGAAGAACCACUAGGAUAUGAGAAAAGAUUCUCAAUAUAUAGGUUAUAUUAUUAUGCCUAUUCUUACAACAUGAACCAGCCUAUAAACAAAUAUGUAUACAUUUACUCAUAUUCCCACACAAUAAUAAUGUUCUUUUGACGGCACGUUCAUUUUGUGCUGCCUAUAACCCUCCCUUGAACUCCCCUUCUCUGAACGUAAUGCUCGUUCAUAACCGCCCUCCUCCUCGUGCUGUGCGAGCGCGCCCCUAUCUUGCCGGCUAGCGCACGCACAGUUAAUUUACUUCCACCCACUACAUUUCCCAAGGAGCAUCGCUCCUAUACCACGUGAUCGCGCCGGCUAAUGUUUUCCGGCCAGCUAUAGUAGUUUACUACAUUUCCCAAGGAGCAUUGUAUUGACAUUCUAUUCAAGUUAUUUCUAUGUACACACCUUGUUUUAUAUACAUUUUUAUAUCAUCAUGCUCCCAGUAGUUCAUUCUAUAAUAUCAUAUUAAUUCUAUCUAUUUUGUAAAAUUUUUUAUCAUGUUUGUUAUUAUCUGCUUUGUGAUUGGCUGACCUAAUUUUUGGCGCCAUUUUUAGUUUACAUUCUCUUAUUUAAACUCUGUAUGCCAGGUAUGAUUGUCUAUACCAGGGGUAGGCAACCUACGGCACUAGUGCCAUGCACAGCACUCGAGGUGCCUUUGCACGGCACUCAAGGCUACAAGAGGCAAAUAGGCUCUGGCCUGUCAGGAGUCCCAGUGACACUUCAGAUAUCUGCUAAUUCAAAAAGGAAGGACAAUCCUCCAUUUAUGCAUUGCAGCACGUAGAGGAAGUGAUCUCAGAUCACUUCCUCCAGCACUUGUGAAUGGGAAUUCACACUGGAGUAGAGCAACCCACAGCUUCCUGUUGCAGCUUCUGUCCUUAAGCUGUACCUGGCCAGCCUGGUACCCACUAAAACCCAGGGAAGCCUCAGAGCUGCAGAAUAACCCCUCCCCCUCAUACAAAUAAUACAAACACACACACAGUCCGCACAAACACAACACCACCAACAAUCCACAUACAUGCACACAACCCCACAUGCAGCCUCUCACAUGCAAUACCCCAAACAGCCCCACACAUACUCACACUACCAAAUACACAAUGUGACAUAUACAUCCACACACACAAUUCCACAAGCAGCCCCCAUACACAGCCCAAAUUCAUAGGUAUUAUACAUGAUACCACAAACUAUUAAUGAACAUAUACAAUAUAAUAGCUCAUAUACGCACAAAUGCAACGAUACAAAGCAAAUGCAGUAUAAAUAACACAAGCAGAAUAUGGCAACAUGCACACCUCAAUUUAAAGAAAUAGGACCGACACACUAUGGGACAUCACAAUCAUAUUUUGGCACAGUGCUGCUAAAAGGUUGCCUACCCCUGGUCUAUACCAUUUUGAUAAAGCCUUUUAUGGUGAAACGCGUUAAUGGUUUUAAACUGUGUAUUUUAAGCAAUAAAAAUGUUUUGGGUUAUUAUAUAUUUUUUAUACCAAUUCCUUUUUUUAUUGUAUUUUAUUUGCACUUUUUUAUUCUCCUGGCAUCUUUCUAUUUCAAUUUUAUUCUAUUUUAUCCUGUAUCCUGUACCAAAGAAAUCCGAGGUGGGGAUCAUUCCACCGCUGAGUUAAUAGAGCAGUAUCUUCUGCUCUAUACUUGUAAGUACAUUUAUUUAUUUUAUUUCCAUUCCAUUAUAUACUGAGAGCACUAUCGCUGUUUUCUUACAUAUACCCCGGAGCACUGCCUAACCAGACUGGAUUGACGGACGCACCCCUCCACUAUAUCCGUUAGCGGGGAUCAUACCGCUACACGCCCUUUACCCCAGAGCUGGCUAUAGCUCUCCUAAAUGUGAGUGCCUUCAUUUUAUAAUUCUUUUUCUGGAUCCUGAUGAUAUUACACAAUCGUAAAAUAUUUUGUCGUUUUCCCUUUUCUCUCCACAUAUACCGAUAUUUUAAACCAUCCGGACGGAUCAACUCCUGAGGAUUGCCAACUUCCCCCCCCCUAUCCUGGUAUAUAGAGAGACUUUUAAAGUGACUUUUAUUUACCAUUUUUAUUUCCAAAUUUUAUUGUACGCUUGAGACCUCAUUCAUUGUUCUAUUUUUUAUAUAUAGGCCUACUUUGUUGUUUCUCCAUUUAGACCAUUUGAUCUGGUUGUUUGUUAUUACAAAUUACUGAUUAUAAUCUCGGGCGCAACCCUUACUUCUUUUGUAUUUUUUAUCUUGCUUUUAAGGGUCUUGAGGGAUUCCCUUUUUUGGGUUGCUGCCUUUCAGUUUGUUAUCUUCUGACUCUUCCCCCUUUGUUCUUAUUACCUUUCUAUCAUGGCCCACAGUAAGUUCUUCGGCAGUUUCAGAUACAAUAGCUUUUCUGAAUUAUCAGACCAGACAGGUUAGCCACUGCUCCCCACAUGCAUCAAUAAGCCUUGUGUGGCUAUGACUCUGACUGGCUGUCCUUCCUUGCACCAAUUUUGGUAGGUACUAACUACUGCAUACUGGGAAUAACUUAGAAGACUUUCUGUUUUGGAGAAGCUCUGACCCAGUCAUCGAGCCAUCACUAUUAGACUCUUGUCAAAGUCACUCAGAUCUUUUUGCUUGCCUUUUUUCCUGCUUCCAACACAUGAAAUUUAAAAACCAUUGCUGUCUCAAAUGUAUAGUUGUCAGGAAUUUUUGGGUGGUUGUCCAGCUGGCAAUAUUGGUAACAACUUGAACUGAAAGUAUUGAAGGAAAUAAAUUAAAAACUUUAAUAAAUCACAAACCAUUUUAAGAACUACAUAUUAGGAACCACCGUUUUACAAAAUUGUGAGGUGUUUGCCAGGCUAAUCUCAGCUAUAUACAGUUUUUACCACUCAUGCAGGAAUGCAAUCUGUUUGUCAAAUGCCAUUAUAUUUAUAUAAAAUAAGGUGCACUGUUCACCGUGAAUUACAACAAUAAAGUGCAAUAUGAGUUGUAAAGAACAUUAAUAAGAAAUCUCAUGAAGUACAUAAGCUCUUAUUUGUAGUGCAAAGAAUAUCUUGUGCAAUAUUCACAAAGUGCACAUAUAAAUAAGAAUCACUUACAAUAUGCAAUAUGUCUCUUAUAGUUUCUUCCACAAUUCGCCAAAAAACCACAAAGUGUGUAAGCGCUUGAGACCCAGAAAAAAAGAAUACACAAUUAUAGCAGUGCUUUCCCAAAGUGACACAACCGUGACCCAAAGUAUACAGAAAAUUAUACCAGACAAACGUAGUGCGCUUAAACUGGAUGAUGUCUUGCCUCUCAUGUUCUAUAAAACAGAAAAAAAAACAUAGUGCAGAUCAUCUGAUUAAACAACACAAUAUUUUAUUGGUGUAUAUGGUAGAAAACUCACAUGUACCAGAGCCCUAUCACCCCUGGCUCUGGGUUUGAAGUGCACCAAUAAAGAGGGAUAUUUUCCACAACGUGGUAUUCAAAUUGAUGAUUCUAGGUAAUGCAUGUAUUGUGGUAUAUACAGGUAUUUUAUGUAUUGGUGGGCAUGCCAGCAAAACACCCAUAAAAACGCUUCUUCGAGAGGCGAGCGAAAUGCGUCACGGAGGACAUCAGAGAGCGGCAAAACCCAGAAGUAGCUGUACACCGGUGGCAUUUUUAAGCUAACUUAACUUGCAUUUUUGUGUGUGUUUUGCUGGCAUGCCCACCAAUACAUAAAAUACCUGUAUAUAUCACAAUACUUGCAUUACCUGGAAUCAUCAAUUUAAAUACCACGUUGUGGGAAAUAUCCCUCUUCAUUGGUGCACUUUAAACCCAGAGCCAGGGGUGAUAGGGCUCUGGCACAUUUUAGAUAGUCUGCACUAUGUUUUUUUCUGUUAUUUUAUAGAACAUAAGAGGCAAGACUACUACCGCAAUUCAUUCAGUGUGGAAGUAUAUAGUGUAACACUGAAAAAAGAAAUGUAA